AUGACUUUCUCUCACGAUCACUACACUAUGGCAGCCGCCAAGGCUAUGCUAGAUGAGACUCACAUUUCGCUGCCUCUGCCAAAAUCUGGCCACAAUAUCUACACACUUGGGAGUAUUAGCGGUCACAAUGUAGUGAUUGCUUCUGUCGUGACACACAUGGUUUUCACAUUCCCAAAUAUCCGUUUUGGACUUAUGGUUGGCAUCGGAGGGGGACUUCCGAGCAAAUAUCCAACUGCUACCUCAAGCGGGGUUAUCCAGUAUGAUUGCGGCAAAACACUUCACAACGGACGAUUCCAGCAUACUAGGUCUCUCAAUAAGCCUCCACCAAUAUUAUUAAAGGUGAUAGCCCAAGUCGAGAGUGACUGUAUGACAGGAAAGAAUCAGUUUAGCAAUGUCCUGAAGAAGAGCCUAACUGUUCGAAGUGUGAUCAAACUCAGUAGGUCAUGGAAAGAUGGCAGAACUCGUGAUUCAAUUGCACGAGAUCUAAACAUCCUCUGCUUUGAGAUGGAGGCUACCGCUCUCAUAGAUGAAUUCCCAUCACUCUCUCAUAAACACAAAUACUGCCAAGCAAAUAUAGCGCUUGUUGCCGCUGUUUAUACAAAAGCUCUUCUCAGGAUGGUUCCUUUCCUUGACCAGAGUAUUGGUCUAAAAGAAAAAAAUACCCAUAAAAACCACUGGAUGGUUCCCUUUGAGAGAAACAGGGGAUUUAUAGUAAAUGGACCAUCUAAAAUAGUGUUCUAUGGGCUGGGUGGGAUUAGUAAGUCUCAAAUCGCUCUUAACCGGUCUAUAUUCUGGAUACCGUGUAUUAGCUACAAGAGCAUUGAACAAGCCUUUAUAAGUAUCACGCAGACCAUUAGAAUACAAGGCAUAAAACUAGCAGAGGUAAAAGAGCAUAUCAAGUCUUAUUUCAGCCAGAAAAAUAGUGAAACAGCUUUGGCACUUAAGAAGUUUCUCCCGCAGAACAGGCAAAAUCAAAUUCUCUUUAUCAUAGGCAACCGGCCAGAUAAAGAAACGGGACUAAGGAUACUUGAAAAAUUACUGAUUAAUAGCAACCAACCUCUUCAAUACAGCGUUGCUAUAACCCUUUUUAAACAGCUUGCCUCUCUCCCACUGGCAAUCACUCAGGCCGCCGCAUAUAUCCAUGAAAAUGAAAUCAAUAUCUCUAUAUAUGUGACACUCCUGGAAAAACAGGAGUCAUAUGUUAUAGAACUGUUGAGUGAAGACUUUGAGGAUGAAGCUGCCGAUUAUCCAUCUUUCAUAGCCUGCACCAGCCCGCGCGAUAUCCCCCAAUCUCUUCUGCCUCAGUCCGUCUCUGAAAACGAGAGAAUAAAAGCAAUUGGCGUUCUUAAUACUUAUUCAUUUAUUAGCAGACAAACAGAGGUCAGUCAGGUAACUGUUAUGGCUUUACAGACAAAGAUUACAGGGGUUUGUAUAAUUCUUGCAUAA